AUGACAGAACAGGCAGCAGCCAAGCUUCUGAAGGUUCUUGAGAAAACUGUUUCGAACAGUGAGUUUUUUUUUUCAUUUGUUUUUCAUUCCGUCGUUAUUCUUCAGACCCCGAAGACCAGAAGCAAGCAUUGGAUUACCUUGCCGCAGCUGGUACCGAGAACUUCUCGAUAUUCGUUCAGUGCCUCAGUUUAAUACUGCGUACUCAGCAAUGCCAGUCAUUUGUUCGACAAGCCGCUGGGUUGCAAUUGAAAAAUGCCCUUGCUGCUAAAGACAUAGAGACGAAGCACAUGUACUUGCAAAGGUUGCUCGAACUGAUUUUGACGUCAUUCUCAAUUAAAAAAUUCAGGUGGCUUUCUUUGCCUGUUAAUGAAAGAACCGAGGUAAAAGGGAACGUUCUGGCCACACUUGGAACUGAACCGUCACGACCAUCCAUUGCCGCUCAAUGUGUGUCGGCGAUCGCAUGUGCGGAACUGCCUACUGGGGUUGGCUUUUUUAAAAUUUCAUUAUAUAUCUUUUUUUCUGCUUUUUCAGCUCUGGCCGGAUGUCAUCGGCAUUCUCAUGACAAACGUUACAAAUGUAGCCAGUGGAGAAAUGCUAAAAGAGUCUUCUUUGGAAACGCUUGGUUAUGUGUGCCAGGAUAUCGAGGCUAAGGUUAAUUAUCAAUCAGAAUUUCUGUAUUUUUUUUUUUGAUUUCUAAGGUUCUUGAACAACAAGCUAACGACAUUCUGACGGCCAUUGUGCACGGAAUGAGGAAAGAAGAAACGUCGAUUCACGUCAGAUUAGCAGCAACAAACGCUCUAUUGAAUUCUUUGGAGUUCACCAAGCGGAACUUUUCAAACGAGGUUUGUUUUCUUUUGUGGAACUAAUUAUGUUUGGAAACGAGUUGAUUGCAGCAAGAACGCAACAUAAUCAUGCAAGUUGCUUGUGAAACGACUCAAUCGAACGAUUUGAAAGUGAAGGUGAGGCUUGGGUAUGUAAUUUUUACAUUUUCUAUACUUUUUUCAGGUAGCCGCUCUUCAAGGUUUGUCCAGGAUUGUAUCUCUCUAUUACGGAUACAUGGACGCUUACAUGGCCAAUGCCUUGUUCCCGGUACGAAACCUUGAAAGUUCUGUGCAAAAAGCAAGGUUUAGAUCACAAUUCAAGCGAUUAAAUCAGAAGAGUCUGAGGUCGCCAUGCAGGGAAUGGAAUUCUGGUCGACGGUGGCAGAAGUCGAAAUUGAUCUCGCCAUGGAAGCCGAAGAGGUUUUUAUUCAUGUUCCGUUCAACUCUUUUUUCUGCUAUUUUUGAAGGCUGAAGAGAAGACUCAAGCGCCAGAAAACACUUCGCGGCACUAUAUGAAAGGCGCUUGCCAACAUUUGUGCCCUAUUCUUCUGGAGAAUAUGGCGAAACAUGGUUAGUAUCAAAUAUAUUUUUUUAAUUUCGGUUUCUUUGCGGAUCUCAUUUCCUGAUUUAUUUAAAGUCUAAUUUUCAAUUGUUGCAAAGUAAUAAUAAUAAAGAUUAGAAAGAUAGAAAAAAAAAACCUUUUUGUUAUGCCGUGUUCAAGCAAUUCCACGAAAUUCUGAAUAGCUUUCAGAGAAUGAAAAAUAUGACUCAUUUCGCGAAAAAACUUUGAACACCGCCUUAUUUCAUAUCUCGCUUGCUUAUGUGUUUUUGAAUUAUUUCGAAGCGACGUGUCUUAUCAACCAUUUUGAUCAUUCAAAAAAUGAAUUAUUUUCAAUAUUCUAUCAUUACCAACUUUUUCUCAGAUGACGAUGACGACGACGACGAUUGGUCCACUUCGAAGGCGGCCGGCGUUUGCGUCAUGCUGAUGGCUCAAUGCGUCGGAGACACGAUCCUCGAGAAUGUCAUGCCUUUCUUGCACCACAUCGCCAGUAACGAUUGGAAGUACAAGGUUUGUCAAGAGUUUUCAAUUAAUUACUCGAUUCUGAUCUCAGGAAGCAGCUAUUCUUGCCUUCGCCUCCGUUUUGGAUGGACCAGACCGAUCUAAACUUCUUCCCUUGAUUCAACAAGCCAUGCCGGCGCUUAUCGAUAGUAUGCAACACCCCAAAGUCAGCUAUUUACACAUUUUUAUUACUCAAUUUAAUGACGUUGGUUUUUACAAUGGAGAAUUGUAGGUUCAAGUUCGCGACACGGUUGCAUUCGCACUUGGCCGCGUUAUCGAAUCGUGUCCAGACAUUGUGAACGACGUUUCCGUUCUGGAAUCUUUCCUUCCGGCUUUGUCGACCGGUCUGACUCAGGAGCCAAGGGUUGCCGCCAAUGUUUGCUGGGUUCGUUUUAAAAUAUACUUGUAUCAAAGUUUUUCCGUAUCCUAACCAAAAAUUUCUUUGUAGGCUCUCGUUUCUCUGGUCAAAACUGCGUAUGAAUCGGCCACCGCCAAAGGCACCGACGCCUCCGGCCAACCAGAAACUUUCAAUCUGAGCCAGGUGUUCGGUCCAAUGAUCACAGAGUUGAUUAAAGUCACCGACAGGUAUUUCGCCCUUGAAUCCCGUCAUUCUAACCUUCUUCAGAACGGAUGGAAAUCAGUCGAAUCUACGAAUCGCCGCCUACGAAGCUCUCAUGGAACUGAUCAACAACUCGCCGAAAGAUUGCUACUCGGUCGUCCAAAACACGACGCUGCUCAUGUUGAAAAAACUCGAACAGAUUUUGAACAUGGAAGCCGCCGCCACUUCCGCCAACGACAAGGUUUUUGAAUGAAACCUUCGCUCUUUAGAAACGGUCAAAUUCAAUUCGGUAAUUAAUGUAGCACCACGACAAAAACCUUUCAACUUUCAUUACCUUUCUGCUUCGCUCUGAUAACGGACUUCUCUAAUUAAUGUUCUUGGAAGUUCUAACUUCUUUAUUUUCAUUACGACACAUUAAAGCUCAAUGAGCACGGAAGAGGCGAUUCAAAAAAAAUUUUUUCUCGAAUUUCAAACAGUCAGCUUAGUUAAAGUAAAUGACAAAAAAAAAAAUUAAGGCUCAACUGCUGGAUCUGCAAGCGUUGCUCUGUGCUACGCUUCAGUCUGUCGUUCGGAAAAUGCGAGCAGAAGAUUUGCCGAGGGCCGGCGAGCACAUUAUGAACGGUCUUUUGCAAAUAAUGGCUCGUACGGCUGUUUCUGGAUUGACGCGUAAUGUCAUGGAAGAAGCUCUUAUCGCCGUGUCUACCCUCAUCGAAAGUAAUUUUGUCUUUUACAUAUUUUUCUAAAAAAAAUGUUCUCUAAAUAAUUCAAAAAAAUCUUGUGAUAAGUUGAACCUUUUUUUAGGGGUAUUUCGUUUGGUCGAAAAAGAUUGUUUCAGAUUUUUUUAGUUUUUUUAUUUCUCCUACGAAUUUUUUUCCGGUUUCUUAUUCUAAUCGGUUUUUUUUAUAACAAAUAUUAAAAUCUUUUCCAGCUCUCGGAAAAGGCUUCGCCCCUUACAUGGAAUCUUUGAAACCUUAUUUGUUACGCGGACUCGGAAACCAUGAAGAAUCGCAGGUAAUGAAGUCAGAAAAAGGCUUUGAUAUUAAUUUCUUGCGUCCAGGUUUGCGGAGCAGCAGUCGGUGUUGUCACGGAUUUGUGCCGCGCUUUGGAAAAAGACAUUGUCCCGCAUCUUGAUCAGAUUGUCGAGCUGUUGUUGGGAAGCCUCCAGGUUUGUUGAUUACUUUAUUUAGGGAGUUUUGUCGUUGGCUUGAAACUUGUGACUUUUCGCGUCGUAUCAACAGAAAUUAUAUUUAGAAAGUUUCUAGAUCGAAAUUUACCACGUAAUAAGUUUUAAGAGAAAACACCAUUAUCCCUAAAGUCAUUUAAAUAUUACCUCUGCGCUAAGUAAGAGUAUGUCUAGUUGCCCUGAACUUUUAAAUGCUUAAAAUUCGAAUAUAAAAUUUGCAGUCGCCACGACUCAACCGCGACGUCAAAGUGCAGAUCAUCAGCAGCUUCGGAGACAUUGCCCUUGCCAUCGAAGAUCAAUUCGAACGCUAUGUCGAAGUUGUGAUGAGAGUUCUGGGCGAAGCUCAGACAGCCGCCUACGUCAGCAACCCGGUACUUCAUUCAUUUCGUGCUCAUAAAAUAUCUUUUUUUUUUCUCUCAGGACGACUUGGAUCAGAUCGACUAUGUCGACAGUCUUCGCGACGCGAUUCUGAGUACCUACACCGGCAUUUUCCAAGGGUCCCGACCGGCGGAUGAAACAAACGCCGAAUGUGUUCGUUUUCUUUUCAUUUUAAUCGAAAUAUAUCUUCACGAACAUUGAUCAGCGAUUUCUUUAAUAGUGGUACUAUGGUUCUUAACACAUAAGUAGUUGUAUUAUACUUUGAAAAAAUAUUUCGAACUUAUUCAGUAAGUAAUCAUAAAAAUCCAUACGAAUUUUCACCUGAAAUAUGUAUUUUGUCAGGUGGCGAAGGCGCGUCAGGCCAUCAGUAGAUUUGCUGGACCGAUGUGCGAAAUGAUCACCAAGUGCUGCGAAAUGGAGCCUGUGCCACCUUCCGAAAGCCUCAUGAGCACUGCCAGUGGCCUCAUCGGCGACUUGGUCGUUCUGUACGGCUCAGAGAUCCUCCCAUUGCUCAACAAUGAUAAGGUUCAGUCUUGUCAAGGAAUGCCAAUAAUUUCGAUUUGUCCCAGGUCAACAAUAUGCUGAACAGAGGCCGCAAAGGAAAGACAUCCAAGGCUCGCUCUGUGGCCGGAUGGGCGUCGAAGGAAAUUCGAAAGGUUGGUAGAACGAAAUUCUCGCCAAAUUAUAUAAAAAAUAACUUCUUUUUUCAGGCCAUGAACAAAGGUCAACAGGGUCAAACCGUUGACUUCAGCUUCAAGUCUUAA